CAAGAUAGUGUAGCACAUUUAAGUCGAGCACCAAGUGCGUUAACUGUGAAGGAAAUCACACCAGCAAUUACCGCAGAUGCUUCGCAUCUCCAUCUCCUAUUUGGAGGAGCUUAAGAAGAUAACCUGAGCUGGUUCCAGCGAACAUUUUAGCGUUCCCUUCCUGAUGAGACGCUCGUUUGCCAGAGUUGUAGAUAAAAUUUUGCCUCUACUCAAAGGUUUAUAAUUUUCUUCAUUCCUUUUUAGUCGCCUGGGCGUCAAAAAUGGCGGCUGCUCUGUCUACCACAAGACGAACCGGGAAACCAUGGUCGAGAUCGGCGAUUCCGUGCGUGGCAAGGACAUCUACAUCAUCCAAACCGGAACUAAGGACGUCAACAACAACAUCAUGGAGCUGCUGAUCAUGGCGUACGCGUGCAAAACCUCGUCGGCCAAGUCGAUCGUGGGCGUCAUUCCGUACCUGCCGUACUCGAAGCAGUGCAAGAUGCGCAAACGAGGCUGCAUCGUGUCGAAGCUGCUGGCCCGGAUGAUGUGCACCUCGGGGCUGACCCACAUCAUCACGAUGGAUUUGCACCAGAAGGAGAUUCAGGGCUUCUUCGACUGUCCGGUGGACAACCUGAGGGCGUCGCCGUUCUUGCUGCAGUACAUCCAGGAGAGCAUUCCGGACUACAGGAACUCAGUGAUUGUGGCCCGCAAUCCCGGGUCGGCCAAGAAGGCCACGAGCUAUGCCGAGCGGUUGAGGCUGGGAAUUGCCGUGAUUCACGGUGAGCAGAAGGAGUCCGAGACGGACGAGGUCGACGGCAGGAACUCGCCUCCGACGUUGCCCAAGUCGCGCACAAUGGACGUUUCCGGUGGAGUUCCGGUCCAUCCGGCCAAGGAGAAGCCCCCGAUCAACGUGGUCGGAGACGUUGGAGGUCGGAUCGCCAUCAUGGUUGACGACCUGAUCGACGAUGUCCAGUCGUUUGUCGCGGCCGCCGAAGUCCUGAAGGAGAGGGGCGCGUACAAGAUCUACGUAAUGGCCACUCACGGUCUGCUCAGCCAGGACGCGCCCAGAUUGAUUGAGGACUCGGCGAUUGACGAAGUGGUCGUCACGAAUACCGUUCCGCACGAGAUCCAGAAGAUGCAGUGCCACAAGAUCAAAACCGUCGACAUCUCGGUGCUCAUGUCCGAGGCCAUCCGUCGCAUCCACAACAAAGAAUCGAUGUCCUACCUGUUUAAGAAUGUCACCCUGGAGGAUUAGGUUGAACUGUUUUUCUUUUUUAUUAAAUAUCUUUUAAUUUGUCAAUUCUCAAUUGGAAAGCUAGCUGAAAUUGUUGCGCGCCGAAAGCUGAAUUGGAAACCAAACAACAAUCGUGAAAGAAUUUAGAAAUUCAUCAAAAAGGGCGCAAAUAUUCGCUGUAAGCAUUUUUAUGAAACAAAAAAAUACACACAAAGAGUAAAAAUUAAGGAUAAAAUCCUACAAAAUUGCAGCAGCAAAAACAGCAGACCAAAAUAUUUUUGUAUCUUACAAAGCAAAAGAAAAUAGUAUUUGUGAUGGCACCUUUUUGGUAUUUUUCAGUCAGUAAAUAUUCACACACGCGUGUGUGUGGUAAAGUCGCUUUCCAGUCAGUGCUUAGAGAAAUAGUGUCCAGAUACUACCAACUUAUCCUGAUUUUAAACCCUACAUUCAACAGCAAAAACAGUUGGUUUAUGAGUUCAGUACAAGCAAGCAAAUUAUCACACUGAGGUAUAUACAGAAUGAUUUCCUUCUUUUAUAAUCGUUAGAGCUAGAGCGGAUGAUGAAUAAAUAUGAAAUAAUAAAAUAAAUGCUUAUAUUGAAA